AUGGAUCCAAUUGAUUUAUCCCCUCUGUCAUUCAUUAUUGAUAACACAUGUUUGACUGGUUUUGCUGAAUAUCAUGGUUGUUCAUCUGUUCCUUGUAAAUCUCAACUAUAUCGACAUCAUCCUAAAGUUCAUUUAUUUUUUUCUGGUUUAUCUAUUUUACCGAUUAAUGUUGAAGCUAAUAUACGUUAUCUUGAACAAUAUAAUAAACAUCAAUUAAUUAUUAAAACUGCCUUUUUUUUAUUAUAUCGUUCAUUGAAAUCAAUCACUAUUUUUCAUCCAUUUACUCUCGAUCCAGUGCGUUCUGAACAAUUUUUAAUUUAA